AUGCCACCAGGAAGCGUGGAGUCCCACGAGCAACUCAUACAGAAAUUCUCUUUCCAUUUCGCCAGUAAAAGGAAGCAGAAACGAUCAGCGACACAUCUGUUCACCAUAAGACAGCGGAACGACGAGGCUUUAAAGAACUUCAUGGGACGUUUCAAUAACGAAACGCUGGAGGUACCAGGCUUACGGAUAGAUAUGAUGAUCAGCAUACUAAUCCACGGUUUGAAGAAGGGAGUGUUUGCUUCCGCAUUAGCUCGCGAUCCCCCAUCUGACGUGGAGCAACUUAUGAAUCUGGCGCAGAAGUACAUAGACGAAGAAGAAAUGAAUGCCAUGAAGGAUGGCGAAUGGAGGGUCGAAUAUGGAAGAGAUCGGGGAUACGACGUUAAGAAUGAUAAGCGAUCAAGACAUAAUCGAAACAAAGUACCUCACUAUUCACAGAAGUACAAUAAAUACACCCCACUCAACACCACGAGGGCAAGAGCAUUGCUCAUGGUAGAAAGGAAGGAUGUACGCAGAUGGCCAAAACCCACGAGGGCUACCCCUGCCAAGAAACAUUCGAGCAAAUACUGUAGAUUCCACCGUGAAAGAGGGCAUGACACUGAGGAAUGCUACCAGCUCAAGGAUGAGAUUGAGCGGUUAGUCCGUCAAGGAUAUUUCAAGGAUUUAGUAUCAAAAGAUUACCCAGGCAGAGGCCGACACAGUAGAUCCCGAAGCCCAUUGAGGCGAGAAGGAGGGGUCGUUGCGGGGCAAACUACCCGGGAGAACGCGCCUGUGAAAGGCAUCAUACACAUGAUAGCGGGAGGAUCCGAGGUGGGGUACUCGAGUAGAGCAAGGAAGAAAGCAGAACGGAGGACGAGCACCCUGGCGAGCAGACAGGUAAUGAAUAUAUCCCCUGAAUUAGAAAUUAGCUUUGGUGCGCAGGAUAUAAAGGGAAAGAUCGGUAACGGCAAUGACCCCAUGGUGAUUAAGAUGGACAUAGCCAAUUUCACUGUCCAUAAGGUUGGAUGCUAUGAGUUCGCCAUUGGUAGGCUUCGGAGGCAGCGAAGUGGACUCGUUGGGGACAAUUGA